AUCGACACGUGAUACGGCACCAAUAUGGCUGCUACACGGGCCCUAUCAUAUGUUGUUUACCUAUUUUCUAGAUGAAUAUGUACGCCGGCUGAUACACAAUCACUUCUGCUCUAACGAUCUGGCUCCUGCUGGGGCAGCAUUACAGCCGGGAGGACUAAUAGGACCUCUCAGACCAGACAAUGCAACAGGUGUUUUGCCUGUUUGUAAGUGGAGACAUGUUGUUGUUCUCACCCUGAGUGUCGAGGAGUGGUGCAGAACUAGGAAGCCUGGUGGCACAAUGCUGCAUUAUCGUCUAUAAAUUCUACUAUCGCGCCUGAUUACCACAAGGAGAAAGCUGGGACGUCAGGUAUGUGCUCACAAAACUCAGUGGUUCGUGUUUCCAUAGGCACCAAAAACUAACAAGCACUGCAAGCACUCGUACAGUACUGUAAGUCUUUGUGUGGAUUUCUGGCACAAAAGACCUAGAGAGAUGGCUACGAACAAUAAGAACUUGGCACAGAAGGAUCAAACGUUGCAAUUGGAUUCUCGUAACGAUGCUGAUAAGAUUUGUGGGAAAUGCAGCAAGGGAAACGAAGAGGACGACAGUUUUGUUCGGUGCGGGGAGUGUAAGACCUGGUUUCACUCCCACUGUAGCGGGCUGCUGGAACACCUGUUAGAUGACCUUGUGGACAGUGGGGAGAAGGAUUACAUCUGUUACACCUGCUUACAGCUGCGGAACAGGUGCAAAUGGCAGAAGGCUGACGGGACAAAGAAACAAGGCCAAUCUCAAUCUGCGAAAGCAGCAAAGGGCCAAAAGGGGCAACACAAAGAUCACGGGGACCUAGUAAAAGGGGCAGACAAAAACAGAAAGGAAAUCACAAACAGGAGUAGUGGAAAAUUGGAAACUGUGGUGCCAAGUGCCUCAGAAAAAUGCAAGAGUGAAGCUACUCUUGGACAAAGUAAGGACCUUUAUAAUGACACUAUUGUUUUGAGUACAACAUAUAUAAGAGCACUGACGGAUAGAGUGGCCAAUUUAGAAGCUGCUAACACACUACUAAAAGAAAGAGUGGCCCGUCUUGAACUCCAACUUGUGGUACUGUCAAACAUGGACAUAUACCAAGGCCAAAGUCCUGUAGAAAAUGGAGACGCAACGACAAGAGAAAUCUCAGAUUUCCGCAAUCCCAGGCAUGUUUCUCCCACCGGAUUUGACACGGAAAACGUGCAAAACGAGUGUGCAAUACCUGCAGAGUACAUGUUUCGUGACCACCAAGUCAAACCUGUGCCAGACUCAUUAACUUCAAAUGCUGGAAUUCAAAAUGGGGAGCAAGGAAACAACAAUGAUCACUUGCCUGCCAAACAACAUGACCAGGCGCACAUGUACAUCCACCCUGACGACGAACAAGAAGCAGAGAUUUUGCUUAUCGGGGAUGAGAACAUCAAAGGGAUCCUACCUCAGGUGCUUCACGAAGAUCUGAAGGUGGCGAAACACUCGGCACUGAUCAUACAAGACGCAGCCCUCUGUCUGAGAAACACCAACUACAGCCGGCUUAAGUGUCUCGUCCUCCAUGUUGGAAUGAACGACAUCCGCAUCACCAAGAGUGCCGACAACGUCAUUCACAACUACGACCUCCUGAUAUCCAAGGCACAGCGAAAGUAUCCAUACGCCCGUAUCAUUCUCUCACUCAUCCCUCCGUGGAAGGAGAUAUCCCUGAUGUACAAGCGCAAGCAAGUCAACGACUUUCUAUGGGACAUCAGUACGACCAUGGGCACGGCCACGUGCGUGGAUAACGAGAACUUGGGUAAAGAGCGUCCCAUCCUGAUUAAAGCCGGUUUGUACCAGUCUAAUGGGAUUCUCCUCAAUACUGACGGUAUGGCGCUUCUCGCCUCCAACUUAAAGAAAGCCAUUGACGCCACCAUCGAGAUAGCUGGAGGGGAAGCUGUGUUGCAUGACAACGUGGAAGAAAUGGACCUUAAACUGUUAUCUGUGAGUGGAGAGAGUGUUAUUCCGGGCAAUGUCCAACAUAUCUCACCAGAAGCAUUACUAAGACCAGGAAACGAACUCUCUCCAGGAUUUGUGAGCUACACCCACGCUGUGGAUGGGUCCUUCCAGAGAGGACACGUGGGUCAUAACAUGGGGCCGCAGACAAGCUCUGCACAGCAGCCAACAUACUUCAUGCCCCCACAGGCACACCCCUACCCGCCGCUACAACCCAGCCCCAUACAGGCCAUCACUGUAACCCACACACCACCCAUGCAGCAAGUACCGGUACCAACAAGACAGCCUAUGCCUAUGCCCAUGCCCAUGAGACCGCACUCCCCACAUGUGCGAAUGCAGGCCAUCCCCAUGAGGCAACCCACACCCAGCCAACCCAUGCCCCGACCCACGUUCACACAACCUGUGCACGGCCAACCCCCGAAGCAGCCUGCAAUCAUGUACGUACGGCAGUCCACACCCGGGAAGUCUAUGCCCAUGAUGCAGCAUGUACCCAUGGGGAAGGCUAUACCUAUGGGGCAACCUCUACCUGUGCAACCCAAGGGACAACCAUCAUACAUAGUAAGACAUCAUGUACCCAUGGGGAAGCCUAUAACCAUGGGUCACCCAACACCCAUGGGGCAGCCUACACCCAUACCGCAACCUCCACCCAUAAGACAACCCAUACAGGUGGGACAACCUGUACAUGUGGGACAACCUCUACCAAUGCAACCUAUGGGACAGCCUAUUCCCCUAGAGCAGAUGAUGACAGGGAUGCACCCUCAGUGAGUGACAUCUGUCAGGUUUUUUCAUGCUACGUACCCGAGGUAGUAAGACUUCAGUACAAGAUGUUUAAAGAAAAUACAAGAUGUUUAAAGAAAAUUUGUUGAACCUAAGACUAUUGAAUUUUAGUAGAAAGUACAGUGUAGUAGUACAAUUUGUGUUUCAAUGUACACUUUUAGCUUAUUCCACAUCAACUGUUUAAAAUGGUGGCAGUUUAGAUGUAGUGAACCUAAGUCAAGAAAAAAGCAUAGCAUAGUUCAA